UCAUUCAUUUCCCUCAAACAAAAUAACAACGCAAAUGGGUUUUCGCUUACCGCUUUACUUCAUCCUUCUACUCCACUUUCUCUUCCUCUUCCUCUUGUGCCCAAUUUUACAAGCAGCAGAGUCUCAAGAACCUCCCUGUGGUAAAGAAGUAUGCGGAAAUAUUACAAUUACAUCCCCUUUUGGAAUCCAUAGAAACUGCUUUACUCAUCCUUGGUUUAGAGUAACUUGCAAUGGGAGAAAGCCUUUCAUAAACGUAAAUGGCAUCGAUCUGGAGGUACUUGGAAAAGCCUUGUAUUCAAACACCAUUCUCAUCAGCUAUCCAGUUACUUACAUUAAUUGUGAUCGUAUAAACGAGGCUAGUUGUGAGGGUCAAUCUCUCAGGCACUCCAUUUUUCUUCUCAAGUGAUAUGAAUUAUUUCGGGUCAGUAGGUUGCGGAAAUUUGGCUACUAUUUUACGUAGCGAAGCUGAUUCACUUGGCGGCUGCAUUCAACCAAGCUGUGACGAUGUUGCUUCUGAAUCUGGCUGCUUUACUGAAAUUACUGCAAAUCUCACUUCCUAUACCGUAAAAAUGAGAGCCAUGUAUCCUGACAGCAAAGGAUGCGCAUCUGCUUUCAUCUUUAGCAAGUACUCUUUCCGUGAUGCUUACCCAUUACCCAGUGGCAUCAAUAAUGGAACCACGCAUGUUCCCGCCGUGCUCAACUGGAAUUCCAGCUAUUGCGGUGAAGGAGGAUGUUACUUCGACACCUACAAGGUAGAGUCUUGUGGGAAUGUUACUUUUCACUACCCUUUUAGAGUGAAGGGCCAAGAUGAUCCCAAACAGUGGUUUAAAGUAAUUUGCGACAAAACCCCCAAUGGAAAAAAAGGGCCUUUCCUAAACAUAAGUGGCACGAAUCUAAAAAUAUUAGACUUUGAUUUUUUGUACGGCAGUGUCACAAUCAACCAUCCAAUAAUUUACUUUAACUGUCGCAAAAACCAUCAUAAUGGGAUGAGUCUCAACCUAACAGGCACCGGCUUUUACUACUCAGAUUACUACAACAAAUUUUGGUCUUCAGGUUGCGGUAAUUUGGUUACCAUUUUCAACAAAACAUAUAAUCUUAUAGGCGGAUGUUUGCAACCAAGUUGUAGGAUUAAUAACGAGACUUCCUCUACUGAUGGUUGUCUUGUUAAUAUUCCUCAGGGUCUCAGUUCAUUCUACGUAAACAUGAGUAGUAGUGAUUAUAGGAGAAAAGGAUCAUGUGGGUUUGCUUCCAUGAUUUCUGAUAACUAUGAUCUGAAGUUUGAUAUAAGUAAUAGGGCGUAUGUCCCAACACAACUGCAAUGGGGCACACCAAUAUUUGGAGAGUGCCAUUUGAAUGAUAGCUCGGACACUUAUUGUACAUCCGAUGGUACAUAUUGUUGGUCAAGGUUGAGCUCUAAACAUCUAUGUGUAUGCUACAGCAAUGAUUUCGGUUAUUCGAGUUCAUGCCAAGAUGGGAAAUGUGAGAAUUAUAAGUAUUGCCACAUGCUUUGUUUGAAUACCCCGGGUAACUAUUGCUCCUCAAAGUCUUGCCCUCCUCGUUAUGAAUUCAAUAGUACGGGAUUUCGUUGCGAGCGCAAAAUACAGACUCAAAAUAAGCAUAGCUUGACAAGCAUUAUUGUAGGUUGCAGUACUGGUAUUGGGACACUAUUUCUACUACUCGCAACAUGGAGUAUGUACAAAGUCCUCAAAAGAAAACAAAAAAUCAUGCUGAAGCAGAAAUACUUCAAAAGGAAUGGAGGUUUGUUACUGCAACAACAUUUGUCUGGCAAUGAAGGUAAUGUUGAAAAAAUUAAGUUGUUUACUUCAAAAGAGAUGGAAAAGGCGACUAAUCAUUAUAAUGAGAAUCGAAUCCUUGGUCAAGGAGGUCAAGGGACUGUUUAUAAAGGAAUGCUAAUAGAUGGAAGCAUUGUGGCUAUUAAGAAAUCCAAAAUGGUGGAAGGAAAGAAAUUUGAUGAAAAGAAGGUUGAACAGUUCAUUAACGAGGUGAUAAUUUUAUCUCAAAUUAAUCACAGGAAUGUGGUUAAGCUUUUAGGGUGUUGUUUAGAAGCUGAAGUUCCUCUAUUGGUGUAUGAAUUCAUCCCAAAUGGUACAUUAUACGAUCUCAUUCAUAACCAAAAUGAAGAAUUACCAUUGACAUGGGAAAUCCGUUUACGAAUUGCGAUUGAAAUUGCCAAUGCCUUGUUCUAUUUGCAUUCAGCUGCUUCUGCUCCUAUUUAUCAUCGAGACAUCAAAUCUAGUAACAUACUUUUGGAUGAUAAAUAUAGGGCAAAAGUAUCAGAUUUUGGAACUUCAAGAUCAGUUGCACUUGAACAAACACAUCUAACCACGCGGGUGCAAGGAACUUUCGGAUACAUGGAUCCCGAAUAUUUUCGAUCAAGUCAAUUUACGGAGAAGAGUGAUGUUUAUAGCUUUGGAGUUGUUCUUAUUGAGCUUUUAACAGGACAAAAACCCAUUUCUGCAGAACAAUCAGAGCCAGUGAGAAGCUUGGUAUCUUAUUUUUUGCAUUCAAUGCAGGAGAAUUCCUUAUUUAACAUUCUCGAUCCAAUGGUAGUAAAGGUUGGUCCAGAGCAGGAGAUUAUAGUUGUGGCUCUUCUAGCAAAAAGAUGCUUGAAUCUUAAUGGAAAGAAAAGACCCACCAUGAAACAAGUAGCAAUGGAGCUGGAGUUGAUUAAAGCUUCAGGUGGAAAUGUUAUUGAAGACCAUGGUGAUGAAGAAUAUGAAAUAGAUGACAUAAUCCAUUCAUGGGAGACCAAUCCUAGUAGUUCAAUGUCUAUGACAAUGACAACCAACGGUGAAACUUUUCCAUUAAAUUCAUCUUUCUAGUUUCCAGGUCUCCUGAAACUAUUUCUCUUGAUAGAUAGCCUUUAGCUUCUCUAUUUGUCACAUUGGUGGAGUCUUGUUGUUGCCCAAGAAUUCAUACUUGUUUCACUCAAUGUUAUUUGACCUCUUGAAGGUAUUUAUUAUACAAGUUCUGGAUAUGUCUUCUUUUUUUUACUUUUGCUAAGUCAAUGAAUUCAUUAAUAAAAAAGGCCUCCAAACAGGGAUACCAUAAAUCAAAAGAAAGGUAACCCUAAUU